CACACCCUACUGGAGUUUUGGCAAACACAAAUUGUGCCAGAUUAAACAACAUGUCCCAUUGCCAUGUAGGGUAAGGCUUUGGGUGAUUUGAUUUUUCCAUAUAUAGCAAUGUAAUGAGUAAUCUGAUUGGGCAAAGAGACAUUGUUGCAUUGCUUCCAAUAUAUAAAUAAUGUGGACUUCCUUUCUUAAACAAGAGUGUGUGAUAUAGCAUUUUGACUGCACGAUCAUCCUUCUAGAGCCCAGCACUGCUUGGGGACAUUGCAAAAAAUUAGGGUUUGGGAGUUAGGAGAUUUAGCAGUCAUGGACUCAAGAACAGUGUUUGUUUUAUUAUGGAUGCUGCUGUCUUACACAUCUACUGGAAUCAAACUAGAUGGAAAUGGUUACGUUGACAUUGUCAUUGCAAUCAGUUCGAACGUUCCAGAGGACUACAUGCUUAUUGAUAAAAUCAAGAACAUGUUUACUGAAGGAUUGUUUCAUCUGUAUCUAGCAUUGGAUAAAAAGGUCUAUUUCAAAGAAGCUACAAUACUAGUGCCACCUCACUGGAGUACUAAGGAUUUUUCCAGAGCAAGAACAGAGACAUUUGAAAAGGCCAAAAUAAGAAUCGAUAGUCCUCAUCCAGCAUAUGGUGAUGAACCGUACACUAACCAGUAUGGUGAAUGUGGAGCCGAGGGUCAGUAUUUUCAUUUUACACCAAACUUCCUCCGAGAUGACAAACUCAUCAAGCUUUAUGGGUCCAGAGGAAAGGUCUUGGUGCAUGAAUGGGCUCAUCUGAGAUGGGGCGUAUAUGAUGAAUAUAGUGAAAAAACUCCAUUCUACCGCUCUGCCAGUGGCAAGAUUGAAGUCACAAGGUGUAGCAAAAGCAUUAAAGGUCUGCUUCGAGAUGUUAGCACUGAACCUUUUCAACUGUGCCACAAUGAUUCACGAACUUUACUACCGACUGAUCGGUAGUUUUUCCCCAACAAAUUUCAAAGCACAGACAGCUCCAUGAUGUCUUUGCCAAGCCUGGAUUCUGUGAUCACAUUUUGUCGUGAAAGCGAGCACAAUUAUGAAGCCCCAAACUUACAAAAUGCGAAAUGCAGCAACAAAGCGACUUGGACCGUAAUAUUUGAGGAUUCUGUCGAUAAAGAUGAACUUCGUUUUCUAAAACCAUUGGCGUCGACUCCACCAGCGCCAACUUUUAAAGUUGUGCAACGGAUGCAACGAGCUGUUUGUCUGGUCCUUGAUACGUCACGAAGCAUGAUAUAUGGCUCUCGUCUUGUUCGACUACAGCAGGCUGCUGAUUAUUUCAUUCGGAACAUCAUUGAGGAUCAAUCCAGUGUCGGAAUUGUGACCUUUAAUACUGAUGCUUCUCUUCUCAGCACCUUGACUACCAUUGAUAAUGAGUCCACACGAGUAAAUCUUGUCAAUUUGUUGCCAAAAAAAACAGAAGGUUGGACAUACAUGUGUAAAGGCCUUAAUCUAGGCUUAAAGGUACUCAAAAUGGACGAUCAAGGUGUAUUAGGAGAUGAAAUCAUUUUUUUGACAGAUGGUGAAGCAACAGACAACAUUAGUUAUUGUGUUCCAGCUGCGAUAAACAGUGGUGCCAUUAUACACACAAUAGCUUUGGGUGAUAAAGCAGAUAAAGCACUGAGAGAAAUGGCAGACAAAACUGGGGGGAAAUUUAUCACAGCCAGUGAUGAUGUUCUCUCUAAUCAGCUACUGAAUGGAUUUUCUUCACUAACAAUGCCAACAGGGAACCAAACAAAAGAUCCAGUUCAGAUAGAAAGUGUGGGGAAAAAAACAUCUGACUGGUUCAAUGGGACAGUAUCAGUGGAUCAGACUAUCGGUUCCAAAACUAGCUUUACAAUAACCUAUGAAGCCAGUUUUCCUCAUGUUUCCAUACAAUCCCCAAAUGGUUCAAUCUUCAAUCAAACGCAGAUGCAUCAUGAAGAAUCAGGAAGAACAGUCACUCUAAAAAUUCCAGGAAUUGCACAGCCUGGGGACUGGAAGUACAGUAUCUUAAGUCCAAGACAUCAGGUUCUGACUGUAACAGCGACGAGUUCUGCGGCGCAUGCAAAUGUUCCUCCCAUCAUUGUCAAAGCCCAAAUGAACCAACAGUUCAGCGAUGGCAGUAAAGCUAUGAUAGUGUUUGCUGAGGUUAAUCAGAACUACAAGCCAGUCAUAAAUGCUCAUGUGUUUGCUACAGUGGAGUCUGAAUUUGGGUCUGCACAAACAUUUCAACUCCUGGACAAUGGAACAGGUGCUGAUGCUUUUAAAGAUGAUGGAGUCUAUUCUAGAUUUUUCACACGGAUGAAAAAAGGAAGAAGCAGCUUGAAAAUAAGUGUUAAAAAUAAAGAUGGACAAGCCAGAUUUGCUCUUCAAAAGAGAGGUGGUGCACCAUACGUACCAGGAUAUGUGGUGGACGGUGUAGUGGAGCUGAACCCACCAAAGCCUUUAGUUUCUGAGGAACUACUGGAGGUUGGAAGCUUCACCAGAACAGCCACCGGUGAGAGUUUUGAGGUAAUAAGCUCAAUUACACCAAAUUUCCCUCCUAACAAAGUCACAGAUCUGAGUGCUGAGAUCCAAGAGGAGGCUGUGCUUCUCAGCUGGACGGCUCCUGGUGAAGACCUUGACCAAGGGACAGCUGAAUCCUAUGACAUCAGGUGGAGCUUUGACCUAAAAAUACUUCAACAAAACUUCAGCGAAGCUCAUGCAGUGAACACAUCUGCCAUCUCACCACAGGUGUUUGGAUCAGUUGAACAGCACACAUUCAUUCUCAGUUUACCAAUCCAAAAUGGCACCACGCUCUUUUUUGCGGUUCAGUCUCAGGAUGAACAAAACGCAAAAUCUGAAACCUCCAACAUUGCUUCAGCAUCAAAGAUUCUCUCAAGUCCAAAACUGCUGGAAAUAUCAAACCCAGGCUUGAAUUGGAAAGUUUUUGUUAUUUCUUUGUUUGUGGUAACUAUCUUCAUAUGCUUUAUUGCUGGUGUAAUCACAUGGGCAGUGAGACGAAGAAGAUCUGCAGUAAUCUAAUGCAAUCUAUAUCAAAUCAGUCUUCAUGCUUUAUGCUAUUUUGACCAUAAUGCUUCAGAAUAUUUUGUAAAACAAUAACAUACCUGUACCACAGAAGGCAUUAAUUACAACUGCAUAUCAAAUAAAUAAAACUGAUAUAUCAAACUG